GAAAUGGCGGAAGAGUUUCUGAGGUACGCAGAUUUUAACGUCAUCAUUGUGGACUGGUCUCUGGGAAACAAGCUUCCAAUUUUUCAGGCCGUAGCCAACACCAGGCUUGUCGGGGCACAGGUGGCGCUGCUGGUCAACUACCUGAUUGAGACGAUAGAUCUAAAAGCUGACGACGUCCAUAUCAUUGGCCAGAGUCUUGGAGCACAGAUCGCCGGGUAUGCUGGGGAGAGAAUCGCUGGCCUAGGUCGAAUAACUGCCCUUGAUGCAGCAGGGCCUUACUUCCGGGACACUCCUCGACGCGUGCGAUUGGAUGAGAACGAUGCCAAGUUUGUGGAUGCCAUUCACACAGAUAUUGGACGUAUAGAUCUGAUUUCUCUGGGCACGUCAACACCGAGUGGUCACGCUGACUUCUUCCCCAACGGUGGACACGACCAACCGGGGUGCGUGACAAGUCUGCUUCCUUUGAUAGCAGAGAAUGGGCUUUUCGAAGGUGUUGGUGAAUCAUUGGUCUGUAACCACAUGAGAGCCAUCAGAUACUUCAAUGAAAGCAUCAACUCUCCAUGUCAGUUCUUGUCAUUCCCGUGUGCCAGCGAGGAACUGUUUCAUGCUGGUCUGUGCCAGAGCUGCGGCGAUGUGGGCUGUUCACGUUUGGGAUUCCAUGCAGACAAAAAUAAACCUCCCCCAGGACAGACGGUCAAAUAUUUUCUGGAGACAGCAGCCCAGCCGCCGUUCUGUCAAUAUCCCUACACGGUGAUUGUAAAAUUCGCUACCGGACCUUGGCGCACUGUUUCUGGGCACGCUUCAGUUCUCCUCAGUGGGGACAAGUUCAAAUCUUCAUGGGUUUCAUUAAAUGGAGGGGAGGCUAGGACAUUUGCACCUGGGCAGACAUCAAGCUUCCGUGUGGGCCUGUCACGGGAUGUUGGUAAUGUCAUCGCUGUCUCUUUCAAGUGGCAGAAAUCGUUGUCCCUGGGGACACUCUUCAGCUCACCCAGUGUCUCCAUUGAACGCAUCACUGUCUACGCCCAUGAGUCUGGGCUCAGAUUCCAGUUUUGUAGUAAAGGUCAGAGCUUGGAAUCUGGCUCAGUCAUCACCUUGUUCCAAACUUGUUGA